GCCGAGCAGCUCAUACCACGGACCAUAACGAUACAUAACACUGACACUUCACUAGCUUCACUACUGGUACCUCGUCAUUUACAUGACCACAGAGCCUCGGACAGCCAAUGCAGUCGACUACAACCGAGUAAGCUUGGAACAGGAAAGGCACAGACUACUCGAAUCCACCGAUCCAGAAGAGCAUGAGAAUGCAUGCUUGGGAAGGGGAAGGUUUACACUGCAUAAAGAUGGGACUUACUCAUAUUCUUAUGGACCAACGGGCUUCCGUGGAUUGAAGCACAAUUCGUAUGCCCUCUACUGCGCCCUGUUUGCGAGUAUCGGUGGUUUGAGUUUUGGUUACGACCAGGGCGUGAUUGCAAAUGUCCUCGUUAUGAAAGAUUUCGUGGCUCGCUGGCCUAUUACGGCGCUACAGAAAGGGGCUAUGACUGCUGUUCUGGAACUCGGUGCUCUAAUGGGUGCCUUGAUAGCUGGGGUUUUCACCGAUAGAUACUCUCGCGGAAGCUCGAUGUUCGUUGCAUGCCUCGUAUUUUGUAUAGGAUCUGCAUUUCAAUGCGGCGCUACAAGACUCGGCCACCUCUUCUUAGGGCGUGCAAUCGGCGGAGUAGGCGUAGGUGCACUCAGUAUGCUAUCGCCUCUCUAUAUGGCAGAAAUUAGUCCACCAGAGGUUCGAGGGUCCCUCCUGGCUUUAGAACAGUUCUCCAUAGUACUUGGUGUCGUACUGGGCUUUUGGUUAGGGUUUUUCACUCGAGAAUUUGAAGGAACAGCUUCUUGGCGUAUCCCUCUCGGUUUCCAAAUUAUACCUGGAAUUAUUCUACUCUUCGGAUGUUUAAUUCUUCCUCCAUCUCCACGGUUGCUGGUUCUGCAAGGCCGAAUUGGAAAUGCCCGGUCCGUCCUUGCGAAGUUGCGAUCACGGACUCAAUCGGAUCCCCUUAUACAUCUAGAGUUAUUGGAGAUGCGCGUCGAGGCGGUCACUAUUCAACGUACGUUUGGAGGCGAGAUGACCUCAAGCGUCAAGGGCAGCAAUAUCUAUCGGGAACUAAGGACUUGGGGUACGCUAUUCGAAGACCGGUAUCGUGAUCGUACAUGGAUUGGUAUCUUGAUGAUGGUAUUCCAACAAUGGAGCGGAAUCAACGCCUUACUAUACUAUGGGCCGACACUGGUUGGAAGUAUCGGAUUUACGGGAGAUACGACCACGCUCUUGGUUUCAGGAGGCAUUGGAAUCGUUCAAUUCUUUGCCGUGUUCCCGACGAUAUCCUUUAUUGAUCAGUGGGGAAGGAAACCUUUACUCAAAGGUGGUAGCAUCAUAAUGGCUUGCUCUCACUCUUUAAUUUCUGCCUUGGUGCUCAUGUUCCACGAUUCAUGGUCGCAGAAUCCCAUUCCUACAUGGAUGGCGGUCGGAUGCAUAUAUGUGUUCACAGCUGCGUAUGGAUUGUCUUUCGGGCCGAUUGGUUGGGUGCUGCCCAGUGAGGUGUUCCCCUUGUCAAUGCGAAGCCGAGGCGUGGCACUCUCGACUGCAUCCAACUGGUUAAAUAAUUUCCUCAUAGGCCUGAUCACGCCAGUUGCCUUCGAAUAUUCACCUGCAGGAACUUUUUUGAUUUUUGCUGCCGCUUGUUUCACGGCUUACUUGUGGGCAAGCUGGAGAGUCCCUGAAACCGCGAAUGUAUCUCUAGAAGAGGUCGAUUCCAUGUUCAAAUCGUCUGCUGGAAGAGAUGAAUUGGCUCUGAGACGUCAGAUUGAGGAAGAUCUUGGUCUGAAUGAUCUCGUACGGAGUCUGGGCUCUUCGACUUGGUCUUGAGCGCUGGAGACGUCUGUCAUAGGUGUACUAAUAUUUCAAAUGGAGGACGUAACUACGCGACCAUUAUCCCGUACAUAACGCGUUGCGGGACAAACAACGACAUCAUGACCUAUCUCAUUCCUAACCUCUACCACAAGGAAUCGACUAUCUUUGAGAGUUGUUGGAAGUAUACUCUUUCUUCUAGUCUUUUCUGACGAGAAGACUGGUCCACAAAGAGCCUGUCUGCAUUACCAUCCAAGGCUUCGGACGCUCAGAUAUGUACAUCGUCAACGGCUUCCUCGCAGACUACCCCGCAGUACUCGACAACUCGUAUUUGUCCAAUCUACCCCUUCCCAUAGACAUGGAAUAGUUGAAGUAACCGUCAAAGCCAUCCGAAAUCUUGCCUAGCGCGAAUGAACCCUACUGGUCCUCCCCUACACCACGCGUUUGGUUUCAUACUUGGAGAAAGGACCUUCUGCAGUGCUUGUUCUCAUCUCCCCUUAACCUCAAGGAAAGCAUACAACCCCAUCGGAAGCUAGAUGCCACGAUUCAUCAGUCCUUGAUCCAAACAAAUGCCAGUUUUUCCGUUGCGUCCACGACACAUUCGGUCGUUCCUCACUUCCGGGCGAAUAGCCUGAGAUCGGCCGAUUUCAAUGACGCUGUCGAGACUUUUAUGAAAUAUUAUCGAUGCUCGGGACGAGAAACCUACGUCGCAGAUAGACGCUCGACCACUUGACCACUGCUGCUUCGUCUGAUACUCGUAUCUCAUCGAUAUCUUUACGCAAAUUACUACUCAUAUUAGCUGUACUGCGGGAUUUCGAUACCGUCGCGCCCGCCCAGCGUUAGACGCUGCAGAGUACACAAGCGACC